GUUCUGGCCACACUAUUAUGCAAAUUCUGCAUUAAAAUCAAAACAAAAUGGGAAAAGGCGGCUUAUUAAACCUGUUAAUGCGCCAAAGACCCACUGUCAGGACAUUCUUUCAGUUUGGCAAGGCCAAGGGAGAUACCGGCAAAUAUGUGCCAAUUGUGACACCCGGCAAGGUUUCCCCCGAGCGUAGCGUGCCCGAGGACAUCAACAAGCCGCCGUACUAUUUCAAGGCCAUGCCACCGGGAAAUACGCUUGGUAAACCGGAAAUAAAGAAUGCGGAUCAGAUCGAAGCCAUGCGCCGCAGCGGCAAACUGGCGGCACAGGUGUUACGUGAAUGCGGCAAACUGGCAACCGUGGGCAAGACCACCGAUGAGAUCGAUGCCUUCGCCCACGAACUGAUUAUAGCAGCCAGGGCCUAUCCCUCCCCGCUGAGAUAUGCUGGCUUCCCCAAGUCGAUCUGCACAUCGAUCAACAAUGUGGCCUGCCACGGCAUUCCGGAUGACCGGCGACUGGCCAACGGCGAUAUUAUCAAUAUCGAUGUAACAGUCUUCCUGAACGGCUGCCAUGGCGACUGCUCGGAAACCUUUCUGGUGGGCGAGGUAGACGAGCAGGGUCGUCUUCUGGUGGAGGCCACCAAAUCCUGCCUGGAUCAGUGCAUUUCACUGUGUGGUCCCGGCGUGGAAUUCAAUAAGAUUGGACAAUUUAUAGACCGUUACUGCGCAGAGCAGGGACUCGAAUCGGUGGCCGCCUUCAUUGGCCAUGGAAUCGGCAGUUACUUCCACGGUCCGCCAGAAAUAUACCAUUAUCACAACGAAGCUCGUGGGAAAAUGCAGCCCGGCAUGACUUUUACCAUUGAGCCUAUAUUAUCCUUGGGCGGAUCGGAGGUUGAGGUGCUGGAAGACGGCUGGACAGCGGUUUGUCUGGACGGUGCCCGUAGCGCCCAGUUCGAGCACACCAUUGUAGUUACUGAGGCGGGAACCGAGAUACUCACAAGGGCUUAGGUCAAUGGCAUCUACGAUUUAUGUACAGGAUGAAUUUUUAUUCUCGACAUUGACUAUGUUGUUUCUGUGAUUCGCAUAAAGUGUAAAAGUUUCUGUGUCCAGAUACAUGGAGCAGUCUUGUGCA